GCUAGAAGUCUUUAGUGAUGUAACCAGGUACCGCCGUAUGGAUACCACCGUAUGGAUACCGAUGUUUUUGUCAUAAUAAAUCUGCUGACAUCGUUAAAAAGUUCAAAUGCUGUACUACUACUAGUACUCUUUCUAGGUAUUGUACAGUACAUGCUACAGCGCUCGCCAACUCACCCAAUUCAUCAUUUAACCCAAGAUUCUCUAUCCAGACAAACCACAAAUACCAACCUCCAAUCAUACAGAAGACUUUUGAUCAAAAAGAAAAGAAAGAAAACCUUCCAUCUACACUGAGAAACACCGACUCUUUCAAAAUGGAUUUCGCAUCCCUAAUGUCGAAAGAAAUCGCCAAGGCGAAACCAGCAACACCCACCACUACCACCACCACCACCACCUCCAAUCCCGACAACGACAACGACAACAACACCCCCCCUCCCAAGAAAUACAUCCGCCGCUCCGAAGCCGAAGCCGCACGCGAAGCCGCCUACCUCGCCUCGCAACGAGCCCUCGAGGAAAAACGGGCCGCCAAAGUCCUCGAGAAGCGCAAGCGCGAGGAAGAAGCCGCCGACGAAGCGCGAGCGCGGGAAGACAAGCGGCGGCGCCUCGAAGAGGAGACACGGCGGCGACGCGAAGAGCAAGCGGCAGCCGAGGAGCGGCAGCGGCGGAAGCGUCUCGGGCUGCCGGAACUACCCAAGGAGGACCGGGAGGGCAGCCAGGACGGGGACGUGGGCGCAGACGAGGACAUCCCGGACGAGAAGCUGAUAGCGAAGCUGCGGGAGAUCGGGGCGCCGGCGACGCUGUUCGGGGAGACGCACCGCGCGCGGCUGCGGCGGUACCGCCGCCUCACCACCGUCGUCACCACGGGCCCCAUCCCGACGACGCUGCAGCUGGUCGAGGAGAAGGACAUGAAGGUGUCGGGCACCAUACCGCAGGACAAGGCCGGGCGCCUGUACCUGUUCCGGCAGCUGGCCUCGUACUUCACGAUGGUGCUGCGCGAGUGGGAGGCCGCGCUGGCGCGGGAGUCCCAGCAGCGCGACACAUUCGCCGCCAAAGCCGCCGUCAACGCCAUGGUCUCGAGCCGCGACAACAUGGUGCCCCUGUUCCGCAAGUUCGAGAAGGGCGAGCUGGAGGACGACAUCCUGAAACCCGUCGUGGAGAUCGUGCAGGCGGCGCAGGACCGGCGGUACGUCGACGCCAACGACGGGUACCUGCGUCUGAGCAUCGGCAAGGCGGCGUGGCCUAUCGGCGUUACGAUGGUGGGUAUCCACGAGCGAAGCGCGCGCGAGAAGCUGCAUAAUGGAGAACGGGGGCACAUCAUGAGUGACGAGGUCACGAGGAAGUACUUGCAGAGCAUCAAGCGGUGUCUCACGUUUGCACAAGUGCGUUGGCCACCUGAAGAUAUUAGACAGUUGAUGGGGUAGAAUGAUUAAAAUAGAAUUGCACUGGUACUUUGUACCCUAUGUAGUUGCGGAGCGCACGCAGCUGGGAAACCCAGCAGUACCUAGUCGGGUAUUUUCAUGAAUUUCAUAUGCACGCCAUCCUCAUCAGCAAACCAACCCAGCCUCGUAAAGCCUUCCCCAAAGGACUCUUAUCGCAAAUGUUCCGUGACGC